AUGGCGAUACCUGUUGCGCGCGUGCACCUCGCCAUGGCGCACGCCGCUCUUCCCGGGCUGCUCCCGACUCCGCCCAAGCGCACGAUGCUGCCGCUGCUACCGGCGGCGCCGUGCGCCGUCAUCCUCCCCAGUUCACCGCUGCGCAGGCCCAGCCGUGCCGACGCCGCGGGGAGGUGGGACGCGCACAAGACCAAACCAGCCGGCAGCCCGGCGUCGUCGUCGUCGUCCUCCUCCUCCUCCUCAUGUGGCCAAAAUUCCUUUGGCAGCAACAAGAAGAUCGUGACGCUGACCUCUUCGUCGGGCAGAACCAGCCCGGCGAGCAGCAGCCGCGCCGACUCAGAGGAGAGGUGGGACGCGCACAAGAAGCCGGCGAGCCCAGCGUCGACGUCGGCGUCGUCAUCCUCGGCGAUCAGCAACAAGACGAAGACGUGCCGCGUCUGCAGGCACCCCAACGGCCAAAGGUCGUCGUCGUCCGCCGAGCGCUGGGACGCGCAGAAGAAGCCAGCUCGGGCGCCGCAGCGGGCCGAAGAGCUCGAGGACGGAGAGAGCAGCACCGGGAGCAACGACGUGGAGUUGUUCAUGCCACGGGAUCAGCCGCCGCCGCGAUCAUUCUACGCUGGACCUGGCUUCAUCACCUCGCCGGAGCCGAGCAUGCUUCCCAAACCAUCGUUCAUGGUCCGUGUUGCCUAG